AUGGAAGCCUUGCGCGCCGCUGCAGAAGAGUUCGCCAGCUGGGACUUGCUGAAAACACAACACAAGGACACUUUCAAGUGCACCCGCCUCAAAGAUGUGCAGAAUGAAAUCGGGCUCAUUCAAUCACAACAGCUCGCAACGAGGACAAUGAUGAACUUGAGAAGGGUUGAACGUUUCCUCAAGGGCAUGGAGCACCUGGAAGCUGUCCUGGUCACCUUAAGCCCACAUGAUGCUCCCAUGAUAAUGGCUUACAUUUGGGGUCCAAUUCGAUAUCUAUUGAAGACUACGCAUACGACCGAAAAGGGAAUGGACAAUGUACUGGACGUUUACGAGCAAUUGGGCUGCCACUUGAUACCCCUUUAUCAAUACACAGACUUCUUUCAGAGUGUACCGCAGGGCGAGGAGUGUCUAUAUCAUAUCUACCAAGAAAUAAUCACCUUUCAUCGCAUAGCUUACAGGCUCUUUUCGCUCCCGAAUAAAUUAUGGCAGAGGCUGCACAGAACAAAAUGGACAGCACUGAGGGAGACGUUCAGGCACCUAGCUGACUCCUUGGCAAGCCACGGACAAUUCAUCCAGAACAAUGGUUGGUCUCAUAGGAAGGCCGGAGCAACAGUUCAUGACGACAUCCAGUGGUUAAGCCCCCGGAUACCGAUGGGAACUAUGACUGGAAACUCUGCUGAAGCGGAAUUUGACUAUUAUCGGAGGACAUUGAACGAAUCUCGAUCCAACUUUGAAGUGCAAGAAGAGGACCGGGUGCGGAACAUGAAGGAGAGAGUCUUGAAUUGGGUCCAGGCGUCAAGUAAAACUCAGGCGCUUCACAAAACCUUUCAGUGCAUGAGAAUUUGUCCUGGGACAGGCCGCUGGAUAUUCAAAAGAUACAGCAAAGUUAAUGACUGGAUACAAUUAGAACAGCCACCGGAGUCUUUGCUUUGGCUAUCCUCCAACCGGGGGUUUGGAAAAACUGUCCUGGCGUCCGUAAUCAUCGACGAAUUGCGGGAUUUAUGCCAUACGACUAGACAUUCGAUUCCAAAGGGGAGCAAAGUCUAUUAUUUUUACUGUCAGAAAGAAGACCCAGACAGCUGUACUUACUUGAAUGUUCUGAAGGGCAUUCUGCAUCAGAUGAUCGAUAAUACCAGCUACUUGCUACCAUUUUUUAACGACAAAGUUGUGUCAGGCGGCGGACCGGCGUUGGCAGAAGCCGACCUUGCAAAGAUUAUCAUGGGUGCAGUUCUGGAAUUCAACCCCAGACAAUACAUCCUCAUCGAUGGACUUGAUGAGUGUGAAAAAGUUGAAGCAACCCAAAUUGCAAGGUUCUUUGUUAAGCAAGCUGAAAGGUUUGAUAGCGAAAUUAAACAGGGUAGAAUGAGAGUGAUGUUCAUAAGCCAGCCGAUGCCAGAGUUGGUUAGGGACGAGCUCACACAAGGUGAUGAUCCAUGCAUCGCACUGAAGCCGACAGACAUUGCAGAAGACAUCAGAGCAUAUGUCAAGAAAAGGGUAAUUGAGUUUUCUACGCCACGUGGCACGAGAAAUGGGUUUAACUUGGAGGACACGGAUGUAGCCCAAAUCGAAGGGAUCAUUUGCAGUCGAAGUGAAGAUAUGUUCCUAUAUGCACAUCUCGCAAUCGAGUACCUCUUGCAACAGCCUGAUAAAGGCGAACUACGUGAAAAGAUUAGGGGCCAGAUGAUUCCAGAGAAACUAGAAGAGAUAUAUGAGCAGCUUAUUGGCGCCAUGAAGAGCGAAUUAUUUCGCCUCUCGGACGGCGAAAAGCAGUGGCAAAAGUCAAAACUUCUUCUGGGCUGGCUGGCCUGUGCGAAGCGGCCACUGCAGUGGCAUGAAAUGCAGGCUAUAUUGUCAUACAACCCGAUAAACCAGACCGUCGACUUUGACAAUAGAAUGCUGCGACAGUAUAUACGAACGUAUCUGGGAUCUCUGGUGCAUAUUUUGGAUGGAGGUCACAUCCGCAUCAUUCAUCCCACCGCGAGAUUGUAUAUCAUACAGAACAGUCACAUAAAUCAGCAAGCAGUCAAGUGCGACUUGGGGAUACUCUGUCUCAGGUACCUCUGUCUCCCUUGUUUCUCGCGAAACUAUGACGAACGGUCUCGAAAGCGAGAAGCAAAGCUUGGUUGGUUCAGUUUUCAGGAUUAUGCAUGUUCGCAAUGGUAUACGCAUAUCCAUACCAUACUUGUGGACUGCUGCAACUUUCUUCUCUUCGAAGACCAUGACAAAGAGUACCAAACUAAGCUUGGGUUGGCUCUGGAUUUGUUUAUACAGACACACGGUCAUGAUCUUGAGCAAACAUUACACCCGGGUCUCGGCCAGUCGUUUGUUGAGCUUGCAUACUUCGCGGAAUUCCCAUUCUUUGAUAAUCUUCGUCUAGUCUGUAACCAAAUCUACAUACACCAGGAGAGCGUGGACGAAACGAUGCGCAAUUUGGUCGGAAUUCCUCAGAUCGACAACGCACUACAGCAAAAUAGAACCACUAUUGAGAACAAUUUGAAGCCAAGCGACAAGGUCUUCUCUGGCGACACUGUUGAGGAGUAUUAUGGCUCCAAUCUCUUCAAAUGCAAGCGGACGUUGUGCAGGUACUUCUACCUUGGGUACGACGACAAGAAAGAUCGCGAUGAACACGACAAGCGACAUGAGAGGCCAUAUGCGUGCCCGGUGAACUGCAGCUCCGCUCCCAUCGGGUUUUCUACCAACGCAAGCAGAGAGAGGCAUGUGAGGCUCUACCAUACUGAAUUGCACGAUGGUCCGUCCAUUUUCAGGGGAUUGAGUCGCAAAUCCACACCGGGUGGAUUUACAUGUUACAUUUGCAAGAGACAGUUUACGAGGAAAAUCAAUCUGAAAGGGCACGAAAGAAGUCAUUUUGAUGAUCGUCCAUAUGCUUGCUCAAGUUGCGGCAAGAAAUUCGUGAGGUUGAAUGAUUGUCGAAGGCAUGAGAAGAAUCAUAGACGGAAGGGAGCCUAG